AUGAAUUCUGGUUUCCUCGUGUUGCCGAUUUUUUUCUUGGUAGUCGUGGGUGGCUUUGGAAUUUCUUUACCAUCUAAUCAUCGGGUGUUUGAUGGGCUUGAUUAUGAUUUUCGGGAUAAUCAGUUACAACAAAUAGUUUCUUCAAAUUUCCCAUUUUUCCGGAGUUCCUGUGCUAGUCUUGCUCUAAGCGAGUUGCUACCGCUAUGCUUGCAACAUGGGUUGGAAACAGUUCCGUCUUUACUCCGUGUGAAGACUGCGAUCAAACUUUCAAUGUGCGAAUUUGAAGCAUCUGGUCUUAAGUCAAUUCCUCAGAACUGCGAUAGAUUUGAUGGUAGUACCAUAGAAAAUUGCGUUCGCGAGCUCGAGACGUUACCCCAAUGGUGGACAACCUAUAGUGGGAAUUUUCAAAGACUUUCAUCUCUAUGCUACGAAAACUCGCUUCCGUAUGAAAAGGAACAGAUCUUGGAGCUCUUCUUGAACAUUACGAGAGCAUACGAGGAUAUGCAAGCAGUAUUUGACAGAAAUGUGAGGGAGGCGUAUAGUUCUUUCGAAGACCUCUCGGCCGAGAAUGACGAACGUUUCGAACAGUUUUUUGAAGAACAAUAUGAAAGAUUUGAGAACAUGACCAAAGCCCAUGGAAGUGCGACUUCGAGCCAAGUUGCUCAUUUUCAAGAAGAGCUGUCUGAAAGACUCUCAAAUAGCUUGAGUCAUACAAAUGCUUUCGUCGAUGAAUUAGGCUCAGACGUUUUCGACGGAUUGCAAUUGAUCAGGAAGCUUUUCCGAGAAUUUUACGCUGACCUUAAUGACUCGAGCUAUUCACGUCAAAUACAGGAUUUAAAAGACGAACAUUUGAGUAACUUGGAGGCUCUUUCUCGAGACUCGGUUCAUGUAGCUGCUUCUCAGAAGGAAGAUAUGAAGAAAUUCGAGAAAAUGAUGACUGAAGUUCAAUCUCAUGCUAUACUUGAGCUGAACAAAAUGGACCAACAGCUCGAGAUUGCUUUUUCAGAUGCCGUCACGUUUUUGCAAGGUUUUGACGGGGUAGUGCGAAAUCUCGUUUUGCCGAGCAUACAAGAAGAGCUAAUACCCCAAGUCCAUAAAUUGAGCAUGCAAGUAAACAAGGCCCUAACGAUGACAGACACAUUAAUUGAGGGAAAAAUGCGCGCUUUGAACCAAAAUCUAGACGAAACGUUAGGACAAAUUAAUAGUAAUCUCAACUCCACUUUGACCACCAUUAAUGAAAUCGACAGUGAUAUUAAUAUUCUAAAGCAGGACUUUUUCGCCAUUAUGAUUUUGAUUCACUCGUUAAAGCGUGUAUUUUGGGUUUUUGGCCGCCUUUUUGUUAGUUCUGUGACUAACUGGAAAGUGGCCAGCUCCCUUUUAACAGUAUUCUACACUGCAUGGCGAUUGGUAGCCCCCAGAAUAAUGUUACGAAACAUGCCGUUGGCCAGCGGUGUCCUUCUUUUUAUAAGAAACGUUCUACUUCUCAUCUUCACGCCGCUAUUUGGAGCCAUUUUAGGUCAAUAUUUGGUCAUGACAGUUACGAAUGAAAACGAAAAGGCGAAUUGA